AUGAUAGAUGCCCUCCGUGUGACAAAAUUCACUACCGCCAAAAUUGACUACCAAGAUCCCAUCGUGCUCCCCACCUGUCCACGCCAGCGCACCGCCGAGGAGCUCGACCGCGACCGCAACCGUCUUGGUGGCGGCUUCAGGAACUACGGCAAUGACCGCGCCAACAGAAGCUCCAGUGAUGGUGAUGAUACCUCCAAUUCGGUUCCAACAGCGAACAAGAAAAAGGUUGAAUUUAACGGUGGAAGUGAGAGGAGUGAGGGUGGUGGUGGGAGACCUAGGCUUGUUUUGCAACCUCGUACAGCGCCUGUGAACAAUGAGAGCCAGGAGGGUGCUGGUAAUGGUAAUGGUAAUGUGGUGAAACCAAAGGGUCCAAGCCCAUUCGGCGAGGUGAGACCGAGGGAAGAGGUGCUGGUGGAGAAGGGGCAGGAUUGGAAGAAGAUUGAUGAGCAGCUUGAGAGCAUGAAGAUUAAGGAGGCUGUUGAGAAAAAAGAGAGUUUUGAAAAGAGGGGUUUUGGUUCUGGCAAUGGACGUGGUUCACCAAAAUAAUCAAACCCCCCAACAAUACCUUACACCCUCUCUCCCCAACUCAAACCUUAACCAACAAAUACCACAGCGGUAACCACCACCAGUGUUAGAGGAAGAGUCUGUGAAAGAGGUCCUAUCAGAGACACCCAUUGCCAAACAAAAUCAAGUUCCAAUUUUG